AUGUACAUGUCAACAGUCCUAAGCCUUGUGGGCCUGGUCGCAGCUCAAUGUCCAUACGGAAUAGAAAGGCAACCCCAAAAGCGCGAACCUAGCGAUCCUCAAACCAGUAGUUCUACUUUCUUAGACCAGUUUACGAUAAAUGACACCAACACAUACUUCACUACCGAUGCGGGCGGGCCUAUACAAGAGGAUACUAGUUUGAAAGCUGGUGUGAGGGGCCCGACACUACUUGAAGAUUUUAUAUUUCGUCAAAAGAUACAACACUUCGACCAUGAACGGGUACCAGAACGUGCCGUUCACGCCAGAGGUGCCGGUGCACAUGGUGUCUUCACAAGUUAUGGAAAUUAUAGCAACAUAACGGCAGCUAGCUUUUUGAACCAAGAGGGCAAAGAAACACCUGUCUUCGUACGAUUCUCCACUGUUGCUGGAAGUCGAGGUAGUGCUGAUACUGCACGCGACGUCCAUGGUUUUGCUACUAGGUUCUAUACUGAUGAAGGAAAUUUUGAUAUUGUUGGGAAUAACAUUCCUGUUUUCUUCAUUCAAGAUGCCAUCCUCUUUCCUGAUCUGAUUCACGCUGUCAAGCCAUCCCCAGACAACGAAAUACCUCAAGCAGCAACAGCACACGAUUCUGCUUGGGACUUUUUUAGUCAGCAACCAAGCUCAUUACAUACACUCUUUUGGGCCAUGGCCGGAAAUGGAAUCCCAAGAUCAUUCCGCCACAUGGAUGGGUUUGGUAUUCACACAUUUCGUCUGGUUACUGAUGCUGGUACUUCCAAACUAGUCAAGUGGCAUUGGAAGAGUAAGCAAGGAAAGGCAAGCUUAGUCUGGGAGGAAGCUCAAGUACUUGCUGGAAAAAACGCAGACUUCCACAGAAAAGAUUUGUGGGAUGCUAUUGAGAGCGGCAAUGGCCCUGAAUGGGAGCUCGGGAUUCAAAUUGUGGAGGAAGAUGAUGUGUUGAAGUUUGGAUUUGAUCUUUUGGAUCCCACCAAGAUCCUUCCUGAAGAGCUUGUUCCAGUGCAAAAGAUUGGAGUCAUGAAAUUGGAUGCUAACCCUCGAAAUUACUUCGCGGAAACCGAGCAAGUCAUGUUCCAACCAGGGCACAUAGUGCGUGGUAUUGAUUUUACGGAUGAUCCACUCCUUCAAGGACGCAUAUACUCAUACCUCGAUACACAAUUAAAUCGUCAUGGUGGACCAAAUUUCGAGCAACUGCCUAUCAACCGCCCCAUUGUUCCUGUUCACAACAACAAUCGUGAUGGUGCGGCGCAACAAUAUAUCCCUCUUAACACUGCUGCUUAUUCUCCAAAUACUCUCAAUGAUGGAGCUCCAAAGCAAGCAAAUCAAACAAUCGGUAGAGGGUUCUUCACAGCUCCUGGGAGAACGGUCUCAGGUAAUCUAGUGAGAGAGGUCUCGUCAACUUUCUCAGACGUUUGGUCUCAACCCAGGCUAUUCUUCAAUUCGCUCAUCCCAGCGGAACAACAAUUCCUCAUUAACGCGAUCCGAUUCGAAACUUCACAACUUACAUCUAGCGUUGUGAAAUCAAAUGUUCUCAUUCAAUUGAAUCGCGUUUCACACAACCUUGCCGCACGUGUCGCUUCGGUCUUGAACCUCCCAGUUCCGGAAGCAGAUAACACUUACUACAAUGACAACAAGACUUCCUUCAUCACCAUAUUUGGCAAUGAGCUCCCAACGAUAGCAACGCUCAACAUCGGAGUCUUGGUGAGUGUUAAAAACAAUGCAACCUUAACACAAGCAGCCAAUCUUGCAACAUCGUUUUCGACAUCCGGGGUAAACGUAAAAGUCAUAGGAGAAAUCUUGACGAACGAAGUGGAUGCCACCUAUAGUGCAUCAGAUGCGACACUGUUUGAUGGUAUCAUCGUAACUGAUGGUGCAGAGACUUUGUUCACAAACGGUUCAAAAUCAACGUACUUCCCAGCAGACCGACCUCGUCAGAUCUUGUUGGAUGCGUACAACUGGGGAAAGCCUGUGGGGAUUUUGGGAAAUGCGAGAACGGCAUUAGAUGUUGCGUCAAUCCCUGUUGGACCAGGAGUGUAUAGUAAUUCAACGAGUGUGAAUUCGCUUGUCAAGGAGUUUGAAGCCGGACUGAAGACUUUCAGGUUCGUCAAUAGGUUUGCCUUGGAUGAUUGA